AUGGUCCGUGGCAGUAACUCUGCACCCGCGCAACUUUGUGCGCCCGAUUCACCGCGUUCGUCUGAGUCACCGCCUCCAUCUGGCGUCCAGGGGGACCUCGAGCUCGAACUCAUGGGCCUCGCAAACGCACUGUACAACCUGGGUACGACAGUCAUUAACGAUUUGACGAAGGAGAAAGACAAGCCGGGAGGCGGGAAGCAGGUCGGACACAGGGUAAACGACGUGAUUCACUACCUGGCGACGAUCGACGACAUGUCACAGCAUGUGCACACGAUGGUGCCGAUGCAGGUGCUCGCGGACGUCGACAACUCUCGCAACCCGAUGGCCCUGACAAAGGAGCGCCUCGAGCGGGUGGCGACCGAGAAUCAAUUCAUGAACGGCAAGAUUCAUGCUAUUGACUCGUACAAAAAGUAUCUGGAUGAGGCGCUGAUCCAGAAUUUCCCCGAGCUCAGCGAGUAUCUGCUUGAGUCGUCCUCGCAGAGUCACCAAGAGCCGGAGCAGGCGAGUAAUGCCCCAACAGCUUUGUCUAUGCCCGGUGAGGCAAUGAUCAAUGGUGUUCUUGGAGCUUGA